GAGUUCACAUGCGAGCAGCGCGAGUUACAACGUGAUGCAGUUUUUAUGCGUGUGUUUGUAAAACGGAUGGCUGCGAGUCUUCACCAUUGAGGCCAAUUUCUGUGGAGACAUUUGAAAGUAAAUCUCUUCAUUAUUUCUCAAGGAGUACACAGAAGAACAUGGUGUCCACAAGAGCCUCCAGUAGGAGGAAGAGAUUUACGGACCAGAGCAGUUUCCAAAGACACCAGCGCAUUCACACUGGAGAAAAACCGUAUCAGUGCUCACAGUGUGGAAAGAGUUUUGAUCAAGAGAGUAAUUUCCGACGACACCAGCGUAUUCACACAGGAGAAAAACCGUAUCAGUGCUCACAGUGUGGAACGAGUUUCAGGCAGAAAUAUACUCUCCAGCAACACCAGCGCAUUCAUACAGGAGAAAAGCCGUAUCAGUGUUCACAGUGUGGAACGAGUUUCAACCAGAAAUCUCAUCUCCAAACUCACCAGCGCAUUCACACAGGAAAAAAACCAUUUAUCUGUGUGCAGUGUGGGGUGAAAUUUACUCACAAGGCUACUCUCAAAACACACCAGCGCAUCCAUACAGGAGAAAAACCAUAUCCGUGUUCACAGUGUGGAAAGAGUUUUGCUAACUCGAGUACUUUCCGAAAACACCAGCGCAUUCACACAGAAGUGAAGCCGUAUUACUGCUCACACUGUGGAAAGAGUUUUAAUCGAGAGAGUAAUCUCCGACGACACCAGCGCGUUCACACAGGAGUGAAGCCGUAUUACUGCUCACAUUGUGGAAAGAUUUUUAAUCGAGAGAAUAAUCUCCGCCAACACCAGCGCGUUCACACAGGAGAGACACCAUUUAUCUGUAUAGAGUGUGGGGCAAAAUAUACUAACAAGCGUUCUCUCAAAAGACAUGAACACAUGCAUGCAGUAGAGAAGCCGUAACACUGCUCCAUGAAGACAUGCUGUGUUAAGCUUGGACUGGAAGGUCUGGAGAGUCCUACACAAUGCCUUGACCUCAAGCCCACUGAACACCUUUGGGAUGAACUGGAAUGCCUAAUGCAUGCCAGGCCUCCUCGCCCAACAACCAACCUCUACUGCGCUUGUGGCUCAAUGGGUGCAAAUCCCCACAGCCACACUCCCGAAUCUAGUGGGAAGCCUUUCUAGUAGGGGCUUUAUAUAACAGCAGGGGGACACACUCCUCAUUAUUUCCCAUGGAUUUGCAAUGGGAUGUUCAACAAGCACAUAUGGGAGUGAUGGUCAGGUGUUUGGAUGUAAUAGUGUACUUUUAACUCAUCCAAAUUUGUUAAUGUUAACGUCCAACCUAGUAAUCUGUUAAUAAUUUAAGUGAUAAUUCAAAUGUUAAAAAUUAAUUUUAAUGCGAGAGUUAAUGCAGUUAUUUUAUAUUUGAUUCAUUGGUCAGUGGUGCAUUGUCAAGUAUGAUGAUGUUUACUCUGGGACUAUCCUUGGUCAGUGAAACACAUGUGAGAGUGAAGUGCAUGCAUUGAUCAGAAUGGCUUUUUCUGGCCCAGGCGAGACGAUGUGCUGUGGUACUUGUUUGAAGAUAUUCUCAGGUUAAUUCCUUCCCAAAAGCAAGUGACAUCACUUCAUGUUCAAAUAAGCAGAGAAAUAUGGAAGGAGCUCUCAGCAUCACAACGUUAAGCAUUAAACUGUUCUGUCUCUUUCUCUCCUCUUUCCCACUCUCUCACAAACACAUCAAAUAUGAGCUAUUUUGGUUUCAUUCAAGAACUUGUUCUCUAACAAUUUAAGCGGGUGCAAACUUGUUCAGUAUCCAGAUUCUGUUCAAUAUCCAGUUGCAGUGUGUGCAAACUUGUUCAAUAACACAUUUUUUAAUGUUGUUGUAAGUAUAACAUAUGAUCUAUGGUUUCUUGUUCAUUUCUCUACUUUCCCAUGCCCAGUCAUCUGUGUUACCUUUGUCAACUAUGUUUCCGUAUGGUCAACUGUGUUACUGCUCAGUUUUUAAUUUUUAAAAGUACUUAGUUGUCUACUGUACAGAAUGUUUAGUGUUAAGAGACUACCAGAGGUGUCCUUUGUCCCUCAAGGUAUUUUUUUUUUCCAAAACUGCAUGUACAAAUUUGACUUGUUUGAGAAAAUAUGAAGACCAUUUAACUACUUUUGUGAAAAUAGAGAGUUAUUACAUCUCUAAAUAUUUUUUCCAUACAUUUUUAUUAUUUUUUUAUUUUGGUAAGAGGAUACAUAAUCCAUCAAUCAGGUCACUAUUUAAAUUCUAGAUAUUUUUCCAAGCUAUUAACAUACUUAUUUUGUCAGUAACAUAGGUGACCGGAAUAUAUCUUAAAUAAAAAGAAAUCCAAAACCAA